CUCUCUCUCUCUGUGUUCGAGGAAAAUUAGGCUGCUUUGUCUUGCCUCUGAUGGAAUGGAAUCCAAGACUUUGAAUUUUCCAUUUCCAACCUCCCUCUCUCUCUCACCACUAUUCCCAGAGACAUGAGUUUCUUCUCAGCUACAGUUCAUUUUUUCCUGCACUUUCUCAGCUUCCAAACUUCAAAUCAAACCUUUCCUUUGCAACCCACAAAUUCAAACCCCUCCGGCUCUCCUUUUUGACUUCCUCAAAACCAUAUCCGUCGUCAAUUUCCAGCCUUCAAUGCCAAUCGGAUCCGCCCACCAUCUUUGAAUCUCACCCACCUUUUCUUCAGUUUCCAAAAUUGAUCCAUCAGGAACCACACAUGGCAAUCGAUUUCUUCUCCGAAAAUCCCAGCCUUGGAACCAGCCCCAGAAUCUCCUUCUCCCAUGAUCUUCAACACCACCGAGAUGAUGAUGAUGAUGAUUCAAACCAGAGCUUUCCAUGCCGAUCAGUGGACUCAUCAAUAUCAAUGGCGGCCGAUUCCUGCCCUGACUUCAAAUUCUGGGUCGGAGACAGCUUCGGAACCGAGCCUUCUUCUUCGGCCGACGAGCUCUUCUCCGGCGGCCUAAUCAGGCCCCUGCAAAUUCAACAAAGGUUUGUGAAUCCAAAGCAUGUUUCUGUUUCUAGUGUUUCUACAGUAUCCAAACCAAGAACAACUUCUUCUCUUCCACCUCUUCCUAGCAAUAAUAAUGUUGAAGUUUCGAAGCAAGAAAGUGUGAACAAUGAAGUGAUGAUGAAGCCUCCGUCCAAGUCCUUCUGGAAGAUCAAGAGAAGUAGCAGUCUCCAUUGUGAAAACAGCUCCAAGAAGAGCUCCUUCUGGUCAUUGCCGCUUCUUUCCAGAAGCAACUCCACUGGGUCGGUCCCUAGUCCGAAGCAGAAGCAGCAGCAAAAGUCUUUUGCAGCAGCUUCAUCUUCAUAUAAUAAUUCACAGAAGCCUCCAUUGAAGAAGUAUCAUCAUGGAGGGGCUAAUUAUGGCAACGGGGUUAGGAUAAGCCCAGUGCUGAAUAUUAAUGUGCCAUCUCCUUGUAUUUCUGGAGGAACUACUGUCUUCUUCGGUUUGGGUUCUUUGUUCAGAAAUGGGAAUAAGGAGAAGAAGAACAAGAAGUGAUGAUCUUGAUUAAUAUUGCAGUUGGGUGGUUUUCACAGUUUAUAUAUAGUCUUCGUUUAGAUUCUUUGAUCUUUCUAGGAUUGAUUUUGUCGAGCAAGUAAGUUUGAAUUAGUUAGUUAGUGGCUAAGUGGUUUGAUGAUGUAAAGUUGGAGAGUUCAAUGGGUGGAUUAAUUACGCCAGAAAGAUAAUGAAAUGAGAGGAAGGGGUAACAGGGAUGGAGAGAGAGAGAGAGGGAGGGUCUUGAUAUGUUCUUGUAUAUCAACAUGUUAUAGGCUUAGGGGACACGAAGAAAGAACAGGUACCUUCCUAAUUCAUAUGGCUAUGGCUGUCCCUACUCUCUCUCUCUCUCUCUCUCUCUCUCUCCAUUGUAUAUUUUUGUUUUUCGUAAGAGGGAGAAACCUCUAGAUACAGGGUACGUAAUCUGGUAAAAUCAUUGGGUUGCUGCUCGAUGAGCAAAUGCAUAAAGAAAAUUCAGACCCAACACCACCAGAUACUAUUAAUUAAAUCUAUUAAUAUGGUUUGUUCUUGAGUA